AGUCUGUGUAACGCAAACUCCGCUAUCCGGAGCUUGUAGACUCCUCCCCGCGGAGUUUGUGCGCCGCUUGCCAUAAGCCGGGGGAACCGUUGUGGAAUGUUUCAACACCAAUGGUGGGCCUGGAUUCUAGUCGAGCCCCUAUUACCAUGGAAACUAGCUUGUUAACGCUGUCACCGCUGGCGCCACGGGCCAGACAGGGGGGCGGUGAUAGCCCGGGUGCGAAAUGUGAUCAUCCCGCCCACUCCCCGCAUGUUUGUUUACUCAUUUCGAGGAAAAAUGGCGGCUCGCCCCAUAUGGGCUUCGGCUUUCGGCUUCGACUUUCGGCUCCUCCUAGGCUCCUCCUGAGUCCGUUUGUGCGGAUUUUGGACGGCGCUGGCCUCUCCACCUCAGGAGAAGGCGGUAAUAUAUUUUGUCCUGGGGAGAAAGGACGUUUUUGCCUGCUUGCCCACUGGAUACGGCAAGACAGAACCUUACGUAACUUGGUCCCUCUUGUCAAUGUCUUGGGGAAACCCUGCGUCACGCUUCGCCGUUGCUGUUGCUGUUUCAAGGUCAAGUACAACUUAGGCGAGAAAGACGCUGAUGUCAAGCGAGGAGAGUGGAAAUACAGCCUGGUUUUCACAUCGUCAGGGCAAGGACAUUCUGUCCUUGGUCAGAGGCAAUUUCUGAAUUCGAAAAUUAUCUUGGCGAGAGCUGACAAACGGGGCGUGGUUGGUGUUGCCGUGGACGAACAGCACUGCAUAAUGUCUUGGGGCGGAGGGUUCAGAACCGGGGUCAAGACUCUCACACAGCUACUGAGGAGAUAAGGAUAGACAUCCUGUCAUCACUGUGUUAUGGAUUCCAACACAAUUACUGUUUCAGAGUCAUCCAAUCGGCCUAAUUGUACCUUCAAGUUAUGACAUUGAAAAGGAGUUCGGAUAGAUGCUUGUAGCAGAAAAAAAAUUGUCAAAAUAUUUCAGAGGGUCUGUCACAAGAAGAGACUUGUUGUGACUUAAGUGGAGAUUCUUCAACAUUACCUUAGAAUGAAUCACUGGACCAAGUCUCUUACAUCAGAACUCUAAGACGAACUAUUAAAAUUUAUAGCAAUUCGUCGUCUACAAAUCAGCUAUAUAUCAUGUU